AUGAAGUUUGUACCCAACGCGGAUCUGGGGACAGUGACCUCGGCGUUGACUUUCUCCACACCCGAUCUCCACGUGCUUGGUGGAUGCGACCUUUAUACGACCAAAGCAGCGGGCGGAGAUAAGAAACUAUACAAGAACAUUGAAAAUGGGUUGGAAGCACAAUACAAAUCCAAUCUGCAGUUCUCGCAUUCUCUUUCACCACCCCAAGCACACCUGAUGGCCUCGAGUCUCAAUCUCUCGAGGAGCAGUCCAUUUGGAAAUAUGGGAAUGAUCAGCUCGAGAAGAACGUAUGCUUACCUUAUUGCGACAUUGAAUGCGAGUCAUCCAGAUUAUGAUUUCUCGCACAUGUUACGACCGACCGACUUCAAACGCGAACGUAGUCUGAAGGCUGUGAUGAACAAUCUCGACUCGACUUUGUACAACUUGCGACCCAGGACGCGCGACCCGUUUGCUGAGGCCUCAUCUGCAUCGCCAGAGACUACUUUUCUGCCGACCAGUUCACCGCAGUGGGGUCCAGGAAUGUGGAGGUUGAUUGACAAUCAAAUGUCCUUGCGAGACUGCAGCAUAUAUCGAUACGCUCCUGAAGAUUUUGAUCCAUUUGAGGAUGACGAUGAAGGCUCGCUAUGGUCCAUCAACUACUUUUUCUUCAACAAGGCAAGAAAACGCGUCUGCUACUUAUAUCUCCGAGGCGUGAGCAUCCUAUCGGAUGGCGUUAGUGAUGGCCUUCGAACGCCUAUGAAGUCCAAGAGAUUUGCCGAAGAAGAGUCUGAUGGCUGGGUCACGCCCGACAUGGGUGCCCGCAAGAGAGCAAAGUAUUGGCUCGGCAAUCGGCAUGGGAUUCAAGUCGGCGACGAAGGUGACAUGGAAAUGCCAUCAAUAGAAGCAAUGAGCGACGAAGCAUUUAGGGGAGAAAGGCAAGACAGCGAGAUGUUUUCACCUCCUCUACGACCAGUGGUGGAUGAUCAAGACAAUUACGUUUUGAGUGACGAAGAAGUGAGGAGCGGACGCAGUGUGAGCAAGAGCACAGCUCGAGGACUCAGCGAGGAGGUUGUGGGACCCAUGGACGUUUAA